AUGGCAACUCCAACGCCCAUGAGACAUGCGCCCUCACAGCAGGGCCGCACACCGUCGCAUCAGGGCCCGACGCCAUCACAAAUUGCCGGUGCAACGCCUCCCAUCUCGACGCCCUUCUCCAAUCCCGCCCACGCUGCAUUUUCGCCUCGUGGACAGCGAGGGUCGCCACAGCAGGUGAAGAAAUCGCCUGCGACGUCUACAUUGAUGAGCCAAUCGGGCAUGGGCGCUCUGAACUUUGACAGUCCAUCAACUGCCGCCGCCAUGGGAGCAUUGGGCAUCGGCAGUAGCUUUGACAUCGUCGGCGGACUGGACACGCUGGGCGUCGCAUUUGCUACUGAAGAUGACAAGCUCAAGAGAUUAGAUAAUAUUCUCAAACUUUUAAACCAAAAGAAAGGCUUCGUCAGUGAAGCUGGCCUGGAACGGCUUGCCCAGCGCCUUGGCCUUGAACUCUUAUCCGAGGAAAAUACCGCUGCGGACGGACGCAAGAAGAAAACAUUGGCAAUUGCAGGCUCUGCAAUUUCUGUAGACAUAGUGCUGGACAACAAUAUUGUCCAAAAUGUAUCGUUAGCCUACCAUGGGUCGGCAACCUCGGUUUCCAGCCAGAUGGAGGCUGCCAGUCAAAUCUUGUUGGCAGACUUGAAGCUCGGUCCUAACCAGAGUCCCCUAACAAAGACUCUGGAUAAGUUUGCAUACAAUUUUAGUCAUAUAGCGAACCUGGACAAGCUCAGCGUUAUCCCCGGCCUCGACUGCUACGAGGCACUGGCCGGCAUCUUUACCAGCUUAGAGAGAUUGCAUCACUGGGACAUAUCGAAUUUACGAAAAGAGCCAGAGAUGGCGAGCAAGUCAGAUCAGUACCUAACCCUAGCUGCUCUGUGUACCAGGCACGGCUAUCCCGUUAUGCAUGCACGAAACAAGGUCGGCCUCGCUUUGCAGUACUGGAAAGAGCUACGAUUCGUGCCUCCUUCAGAUAACAAAAUAUCGGCGUCUUCCGAGAGUGAGGAGAAGGUCUGGUCACUUCUACUUGACUGUGCGCCUAUUGAAACACUCGGCUUGUCGCCCGUCAGAGUGUCUGAAGACUGGAUCUCCAAGGAUGUGGUGAAGCAGGACCAAGAACAGCAAAAUCAAGCACUAGAGAACAUCAAUUUACCCAUCCUUGAUUGGCAAGAACCAGAGAACAUCUCGCUCCCUUCUUCAGAUGAGAACAAGAACCCUGGCAUGGAUGAACUGUCUAUGCAUCUCUCGACGCUGCCCCAAGUUACGUUUACCGUCACGUUUGACCCGCCCGUCAUCCUUCCGCAAAAUGAUUGCAUCAGACUCUACUCCUAUGUCAACGCCACGCCGCCCAACCCAAGUCCGUCGGGCGACUUUGGCCAGCGUCCUCUACCUCCCCCAACAUUCGAUGACUUGUUCUUCCCCGUAUUAGCUGGGAGCAAGCAAGAUCCCAGCGAAUCAAGGACGAUUACGCGCUUACGUGACGUUCGUGUUUUCGACCAGCAGGGCAAGUCGUUCAUCAGGAGCCACCAUAACACGCUCUUCAUCUACAAGCCGAUUUAUUCUCAGGAAGUGACAGAAAUGGCCUUUUCACAUCCCCGCCAACUCAUUGAGAUGCUUCCUCUCCUUCGACAGUUCGCUUUUCUUUCCAUAUUGCUGAACAAUAGCUUCGGAUCGGAAACAAAGGAAGGCUCGCCCAAAUCGGUCAAAGCCACAUGGGCCCCAGCUACUACUAAAACGGUCAAGGAUGAGCUGGCAGCGUUCAUGGCAUCAAGCGAUGAUGAAGGACAAGAUGAUAUGAACAUCGAUGUCAUAUUAUGGGUUCAUCCAUCGCCAUAUCUUCAGGUCGUCUUCCCUGUCAAAGGCUCUACCAUUGACAUUACGCUUCGCAUUCUAGAAGGCGGCGUGGUAGAAAUUGUCAACGAAAACAUCAUUGAACAGCAGACAGCAACUGGUAAGGGUAAGAUGCUCAAUAGAGAGGAUCUCGGAAAGGUGCUUGAGCGGCUCGAAGAUCUGUGCAAGUGGGCUGAGUGGAUUCGCACGCGCCUUUGUUGA